GGCGUUCGUAAAGGGUCACGUUGCGCUGCAGCAGUGAAACAGGAGACCGCUCUGCAUCCUCCGCAACCAGCUCACCUGCUCUCUCUUCGCCCAGACACCCAUCAGCAGCCACCAUGACUCACCAGUAUCCUGCACUGACUCCUGAGCAGAAGAAGGAGCUUCAGGACAUCGCAGAGAGGAUAGUCGCUCCAGGAAAAGGCAUCCUCGCAGCCGAUGAAUCCACCGGCAGCAUGGGGAAACGUUUGAACCCCAUCGGGGUUGAGAACACAGAGGAGAACAGGCGUCGCUACCGCCAGCUGCUCUUCACAGCCGACCAGCGCAUCGACAACUGCAUCGGAGGCGUCAUCUUCUUCCACGAAACCCUCUACCAGAACACAGACGAUGGCACUAACUUCUCCCAGCUCAUCCGGGACCGGGACAUGGUUGUUGGCAUCAAGGUGGACAAAGGUGUUGUGCCCCUCGCUGGAACAGAUGGAGAGACCACCACUCAGGGUUUGGACGGGCUGUCUGAGCGCUGUGCGCAGUACAAGAAGGACGGCGCGGACUUCGCCAAGUGGCGCAGUGUGCUAAAGAUCAGCGACACCACGCCCUCCGAGCUGGCCAUCCUAGAGAACGCUAAUGUUCUGGCACGAUAUGCCAGCAUCUGCCAGCAGAAUGGUAUUGUUCCUAUUGUGGAACCUGAGAUCCUUCCUGAUGGAGAACAUGACCUGAAGCGUUGCCAGUACGUCAGUGAGAAGGUCCUAGCUGCAGUGUACAAGGCCCUGUCAGACCACCAUGUAUACCUGGAAGGGACUCUGCUGAAACCCAACAUGGUCACACCUGGACACGCUUGCCCCACCAAGUACAGCAGCGAGGAAAUCGCGAUGGCUACCGUCACCGCCCUGCGCCGCACCGUUCCUCCUGCUGUCACGGGAGUGACAUUCUUGUCAGGUGGCCAGUCUGAAGAAGAGGCCAGCAUGAACCUCAACGCCAUCAACAACUGUCCACUCGCCAAGCCCUGGGCGCUGACUUUCUCCUACGGCCGGGCCCUGCAGGCCUCCGCCUUGAACGCAUGGAGAGGAGAGCUGAACAACGAGAAGGCCGCUGCCGAGGAGUUCAUCAAACGCGCAGAGGCAAACGGUCUGGCUGCGCUCGGCAAGUAUGAGUCUUCUGGCAGCGGUACCGCCGCGGGAAAAUCCCUCUACGUGGCGAAUCACGCCUACUAAACAUCCGCCACAUUACACUGUGGUCUAGUUAUAGUCUUAUAUCUGCUCUGCUGUUCCCCCUCACUCCUCCAUCAAUCACAGGCCUGCGCUGUCUACUGUACUUUAGAGAUGUCAGAGUUAAUAUAAAUUCCAUGAUUAGAAGUGUAUUUAGAAACAUAAUGGGAAACUAACAUACUAACGGGAACAGGCUUGUUUUUAUUUCUAUACAACCAAACAAAUCAAAAUUAGGAAAUCAGAAGCUAAACAACAUUAACAGUAGAUCAUGAUAAUCAGUCAGGAUUCUGUCUCACUUUCUCCCCCACAUGAUAAAUCUUGAGCCACUCCCAAACAGGGAGGUGUAUGUGUUUGUGUGUGUCGGUGUUUCGCUUCUGUCAAAAACGCAGUGUUGGCUCAUCCUUAAAGCGCUAAACUAACAUCCUGCCUGACAGUGAGACCAACUGAUUUAUUAGUGGCAUCGACAUAUCCAUUAAGGGACAAGAGACUAAGACGAACAGUGUGAAGACGUUGACUUUUCAGAUUUAAGUUGAUCUUUUGAGCGACUGUCCAAGAGUGCGGAGUGCUUGUAGGUCCAGCAGAGGUCUGUAGACCCUCACCAAGAUUCAUCUUAACGUUUCUGUUCACACGCCUCUAAUCAGAGAACAUCUUGUGUGUCUAUUCUCAGUAUAACAUUAUCUUUAAACUACAUGCAGUAAUACAUGUAUUCAGUUGUGUGAAGCUGUCGAUAUUAUGUGAUGCUUGUGUGUAUGUCACCCCCCUCCCCCACCCCCCUCCUGAUUCCCCCCAGCCCGCCCCACAGGAGAUGAGAUGGUAUCUAUUGACAUAAUGUGGACCAAUACGUGGGGUUAGCAGCGGGGGGAAUCAGUCACUGCUGUGUUGGAAUACUGUGAUGUGUGUGAUGUUAAUAUUGUUCUUGAAUCACUUUGUGUGUCAAAUAGUGGAGAAAAAUAAACCUAAGAACUAAAAAAACUA